AAGAAAAUUACAUUUUUUAUCAGUUAUUUCGUAAAAGCUUUUGGUUUUCUCAAUCUUGACUUUUUCAACGAAUAUUCGCGCCAUAAGUUUCUCUCAUCCAACGGAUCACACAAAUGACAAAGGAAAACAAAAGACAGAGAAACAGAGACAGAGCGAGAAACAAGAGAAGACUAGAGAAAAUUAGUAAAUCGAAUCAACGAAAAAAAAAAAGCUUACUUUGAUUAAUCAAAAAAAAAAAAGAAGCCAAGUUUCAAAAAACUCCCCGGCGGCCUAGCUCCGGUUAAGAGUAAAUGGCCGUGGCCUGGCUAAUCUGGCCGUUCGUGCUAUCUCUAACAGCACUCUCUACAAAUUCAAUCACAGAAUCAGAAUCAUUGUUGAAAUUCAAGGAGUCACUAACCAACGCCAAGCCUCUGGAUUCUUGGACACCAGAUUCAGAGCCUUGCGGCGGAACGACACAGAGAUGGGUUGGACUGCUCUGCAAUAAAAAUUCCGUCUUUGGCAUCAAGAUCGAACAUAUGGGUCUCUCAGGAAGCAUCGACGUCGUCCCCUUAACCGGCUUACCCGCUUUACGCACUAUAAGCAUAACGAACAACUCCUUCUCCGGUAAUAUACCGGAGUUUAACCGAUUAACCGCUCUGAAAUCGAUCUACAUAUCAAGCAAUCGAUUCUCCGGUAAGAUCCCUUCUGAAUAUUUCGAGAAGAUGGUGUCGCUGAAGAAAGCUUGGCUGUCCAACAACGAGUUCUCUGGCCUCAUUCCCGUCUCGUUGGCCACUGCAUUACCAGAUCUAAUGGAGUUACACCUAGAGAACAACCAGUUCAUCGGGACAAUACCGAAUUUCACCCAAUGGACUUUAGCUGAUGUCGAUCUCUCAAACAACCGACUAACCGGAGAAAUACCGCCCGGUUUGUCGAAGUUCGACGUGGGGACUUUCGCAGGGAACGCUGGCCUUUGCGAUGCGAAGCUAGCGACUAGCUGCACGCAGGGAAUAAACCCGAGUGCAUCGAUUUCAAUAGAUGGAACGAUGAAAGAUGCAAACAAGAGCAAGUACUAUAUAGCAUUCGGUACACUAGGGCUCCUUUUUAUCAUUAUCAUCAUCUCUUUAGUCUUCCGGAAGAAGAAGAAGAAGAAGAGACGGAGGAGGAGGACGACGCAUCGUACCUCUGAACAAGACAGCAGUGACGACCAACAAAUCCAGGUAACUGUUGACGGAUCAAGAUCUGGCGGCUCGAGGCAGAGUAAGACUAGUAGCUCCGGCGAGCUGACGAAUAAAUCAAUUGGUACGACGGGGACGGCAGAUUUGGUGAUGGUGAACAAGGAAAAGGGUGUUUUCGGUUUACCGGACUUGAUGAAAGCGGCGGCUCACGUGCUCGGAGAUCGCGGUGGAGGAAGCAGCCGCCCUAGCAGCAGCGGAGGUGUGGGAUCUGCGUACAAGGCGGUGAUAGCGAGCGGCGUAGCGGUGGUGGUGAAGCGUGUGACGGUGAUGAAUCAAGCGAGUAUAGAUGAAUUCGAUAAGGAGAUUAAGAACUUGGGAAGAUUACGGCACAGGAACGUGUUACCGCCUCUGGCUUACCAUUUCCGGCGAGACGAGAAAUUGCUGGUGUUCGAAUUCGUCCCCAACCUGAGCUUGCUUCAUCGAUUACACGGCGAUCACCGUGAGGAUUUUCAAUUAGACUGGCCUUCUCGGCUCAAAAUCAUUCAGGGAAUCGCGAGAGGUAUGUGGUAUCUCCACCGAGAAUUAGGGUUUUUAAGCUUGCCACACGGAAACCUAAAAUCGAGCAAUAUCUUCCUCGCUGACGACGGCGAGCCACUCAUCUCCGAGUUCGGACUCCAAAGACUGAUCAAUCCCGACGAUCAAUUUCAAUCUCUCGUCGCGUACAAAUCUCCCGAAGCGGAACGCGACGGAAUCGUCUCUGCGAAAUCCGAUGUGUUCAGUUUCGGAGUCGUGGUCUUGGAGAUCCUGACAGGGAAAUUCCCGUCUCAGUACGCCGGUUUAAAUAGAGCCGGCGGGACGAAUUUGGUGGAGUGGAUCGGCUCCGCCGCGGAACAAGGUGGAUGGAUGGAUCUGCUCCAUCCGACGGUCGUCGCUGCCGCCGCCGAUGACAAAAUGUCGUCGGAUGAAAUCGAGAACGUUUUACGGAUCGGUGUGAGAUGCACCGGAGAAGAUCCUGAUCGGCGACCAAGUAUGAUCGAAGUCAUCGACGAAUUGACGAUGCAAGAUUGUAGCGACGACUUCAUCACCAUAGAAACUUAGCUUCACCGUUGAUUCUGGGAUUCGAUAAAUUCCAACCGUUAGAUUCGCAGAUUCACCAUUUUUGUUUUAAUUAUGCUUUCUAUUUGUAUAUGAUUGAAAAUUCAACUGAGGUUACUUGUAAAAAAAGGUGUGUUUUAACGUUUG